AUGGCAUCCCUAAACCACAGUAGAGAAGUGGGAGAUUUGUUGGAUAGAAUGACACUUGGUGUUGUCAAAACAUUAGGUACACAUUUUGCAGUUUCAUAGGAACAUAUCAAUGCAUGAGAUCUUGCUAAAUCAUCAAGGGUGACAUUUUCAUGAUGCCUCGCUGAAAAACACGGAUAAAAUUUAUGAAAACGUCCGCCUUGUUGGUAUAAAAGUAAUGAAACCAGUUACUAAAGUCAGUAUUAGUGCAUUACCUGAUAUUUUUGAAGAAAAGGGGCAUACUGCUUCCAAAUGCUGUACCCUACUUUGUUAUUUACUCUGUCUAAUGCCAGGCAAUCCAUUUAGAUCUGCAAUGUGCCUUACUGUAUUAUUUUACUCUGUCUAAACCCACUACCCAGACAGUUUUACUUGUCAAGGAGAAAACGCUGGAACAUGAAGCCUCUUCCAUUCAUCGUAAGAGCCUGAACUCACAAAUUCUUAGAGUGCUGACUCACAGCAUGCUUGCGAGUUGGUUUUUGCGAUGAGUGGAAAAGAGCCUUUAAAUGAGUUAAGUAAAUGUAUUGUUUAAUUGUUAGAAAACAAGCCUGGCGUUUGUGAUGUUCGAUUUCUUGACAAGAAACCUGCUGAGAUGAGUGCCAUUUACUCUUGGGAACAG